AUCUCUGAUAAUUUCUUUUUUUUAUCAUGUAAUUAUUAAUCUUCCCUCUCCUUAACAAACCUCUUAAAAGAAGAACAAAAAAUUAUGUAUCUUUAAUCUUUAUUUGUACGGUAAGAUAGGAACAAUUCGUGUCUUUUUAUUUUUCUAGUUCGAAACUGGAAAUUUCCAAUAUAUCACGUUACUAUUUAUAUUCAUAUAAGUUGUCGAAAUCCAUAUAUACCAUCUUUCCUUCUAACCAAGAUAGGAAGUUUGUCCACGCAAAAAUAUUCUACACAUUUUGUACACAAAAAAUAGAACUAGUACGUGGCUUUUGAUUUUCACAGAAGACAGAACUAGCGAAAAAGUGAAGAAUGGCUGAGACUGAGGUUGGAGCACAGACAAUGCCAGGGACUCCUGGAACGCCAGGGACCCCGGGAGGGCCGUUGUUCACGGCCCUCCAACUGGACUCCCUCACUUAUGAGCGGAGUGAUCGGAAAACGGUGCCCGGGUGCAUGUGUUUUCCGGUUGAUGCACCUGCAUGGAGUGCACCUCAGACUUGCUUCAGUACUGCUGUCUCAGUCCCUUAUGUUUCUCUCACGCGGAAGCUUGGAGCAGAGUUCAUCGGAACAUUUAUCCUAAUAUUUGUGGCAACAGCAGGGCCUAUAGUGAAUCAAAAGUACAAUGGCGCGGAGACGCUUAUAGGCAAUGCAGCUUGCGCUGGCCUCGCGGUUAUGGUUGUUAUUCUCUCCACUGGGCAUAUUUCUGGAGCUCAUCUUAACCCCUCACUCACCAUUGCCUUUGCGGCUCUACGCCAUUUUCCAUGGGUUCAUGUCCCUGCUUACAUUGCGGCUCAAGUUUCAGGUUCCAUCUGUGCUUCUUUCGCUCUUAAAGGCGUAUUUCAUCCGUUCAUGUCUGGCGGUGUUACUGUCCCUUCCAUUGGUAAUGGCCAGGCAUUCGCCCUCGAGUUUCUCAUUACUUUCAAUCUCCUCUUUGUGGUCACUGCUGUCGCCACAGAUACUCGUGCAGUGGGAGAGUUAGCAGGGAUUGCUGUUGGAGCUGUUGUUAUGGUUAACAUUCUUAUUGCAGGACCAUCGAGUGGUGGCUCGAUGAAUCCUGUUCGUACACUUGGACCAGCAGUUGCAGCAGGAAACUACGACGGACUCUGGAUCUACAUGGUGGCACCCACGCUGGGUGCACUGACAGGGGCAGGCAUUUACACAUCAGUGAAGCUCCACGAAGACGAGGCACCCUUGGGAUCCAGGAGGAGCUUCCGUCGCUGAGCAAACGACAGCAAUGAUUAUACAGAAGAAAUUCACCAGCAUUGAUGUCAAUGAGAUGAAAGAAUGUGUGUUUGAGAAUUAAAGUGGAAGGCACAAACAUCUGACUUUAAGUCCCACUCCAAAAAGCUUUGUAACAUGUUCAGAGUUCCUAACAUCUGCUUUGGUGUUGAAUGGAUUGGAUAUCUUCUGGUGCUUGAUUGUACUGCUGUAAUAAUAGUGUGUGCUUAUAGAAAGUCUGGUGGCCAUAUGUUAUCUGUUAUAGCUCUGUAGUCUUAUUUAGCAUGUUAUGAUUCGUCAUGAGAAUAUUAUGUAUGAGCCAACUUUUCAUUUGGGACAAGUAUUUUUAGUGGAAAGAUAAAUGAUGUUCCCUCCUUAA